AUGGCAGCUGCGCCGAGCCCGUCAUUAAGGCCAGCUGUGUCUCUUCCACUUUCAUCCUUUCUUCUUUCUCGAUAUUUCAGAAAGCGCCCAGUUGCCUGCGCAAAUUACGUAUAUACUCUAUCACCUUUCUCUCUCUCUCUCUCUCUCUCUCUCUCUCUCUCUUUCUUACAAUCCCUCGUCCUUUCUUUCUUUCUUUCUUUCUUUCUUUCUUUCUUUCUUUCUUUCAUUUACCUACCUUCUUUGAUUCUUUGUUUCUUUCUUACGUUUACCAUCCUUCGAUACUAUAUCCCAUUCUUCUUUCUCUCUUUCUUCUUUUCUUUCUUUCUUUUACCUCUCUUCGGUCCUAUAUCAUGUUCUUCCUUUUUAUUUUCUUUCUUUAUUUCCUUUAUCUCCCUUCAUUCUAUCUUUCAAUCUUCCUUCAUUCAGUUAUUACCCCUUGCCAUGUUCUUUCUUUCUUCCCCCUUUCUUUCUUUCUUUCUUUCUUUGGUUUACCAGCCUUCGAUCCUAUAUCCCAUUCUUUUUUUUUCUUUUUUCUUUAUUUUGUUUACCUUCCUUCUGUCCUAUAUCCCGUUCUUCCUUUUCCUUUCUUUCUUUCUUUCUUUCUUUCUUUCUUUCUUUCUUUCUUUCCUUUUCUUAUUUAUUUAUUUAUUCAUUUAUUUAUUUAUCUAUUCAUUUCGUUUAACUCCCUUUUUUCUAUCCUUCAAUCUUCCCCCUUUCAGUUAUUCCCCCUCGCCAUGUCUUUUUCUUCCUUCCUUCCUUCCUUCCUUCCUUCCUUCCUUCCUUCCUUCCUUCCUUCCUCCCUUCCUUCCUUCCUUCCUUCCUUCCUUCCUCCUUUUCAUGCUUUCUUUCUUUGUUUCUAUAUCACGUUCUUCUUUUUCUUUCUUUUUUUAUUUCAUUUACCUCCCUUCUUUCUUUAUUUCUUUAUUUCUUUCUUUCUUUUACAUUCACUUUUCUUUUAUCUUCCAUUUUUCUUUUCUUUCUUUCAUUUUUUGCUUUAAUUUUCCUGAGAUUAUCCUUCCGUGUCUAUACACAUGUGUGUUUAUAUUUGCAUGUCUGUUCUGUCUGUCUUUCUUUCUUUCUUUCGUUCCCCUUCCUUCGGUCCUAUAUCCCUUUCUUUCUUUUUUUUUCUUUCUUUCUUUCUUUCUUUCUUUCUGUCUGUCUGUAGUUCUUUCUUUCUUUUUUCUUUUACCUACCUUCGGUCCUAAAAACCUUUCUUUCUUUCUUUUUCUUUCUUCUUUCUUUCUUUCUUUCUUUCUUUUUUCUUUCUUUCUUUAUUUCAUUUACCUUUCUUCCUUCUUUCUUUCUUUUUUUCUUUUACCUACCUUUGGUCCUAAAAACCUUUCUUCCUUUCUUUUUCUUUCUUUCUUUCAUUUACCUUUCUUCCGUCCUAUAUCCUUUUCUUCCUUUUCUUUCUUUCUUUCUUUCUUUCUUUCUUUCUUUCUUUCUUUCUUUCUUUUACCUUCCUUCGGUCUUAUAUCCCUUUCUUCCUUUUCUUUCUUUCUUUCUUUCUUUCUUUCUUUCUUUCUUUCUUUCUUUCUUUCUUUCCUUCUUUCUGUAGUUCUUUCUUUCUUUUUUUCUUUUUUUACCUACCUUCGUAAUUACCCCUCAUCUUGUCUUUUUCUUUCUUUCUUCCAUCCUCUCAUUCUUUCUUUCUUUCUUUCUUUCUUUUACGUUCUUUCGCUCCUAUAUCCCUUUCUUCCUUUUUCUUUCUUAAUUUAUUCCAUUUACCUCCCUUCUUUCUUUCUUUCUUUUGCCUUCCUUCGCUCGUAUAUUUCAUUCUUCCUUUUUCUUUCUGUUUUUCUUAAUUUAUUUAUCUAUCUAUUUCCUUUACCUUCCUUCUUUCUUUCUGUCAACUUUCCUUGUUUCAGUCAUUCCCUCAUUGUCUUGUCUUUUUCUUCAUUUUCUUUCUUUCUUUCGUUGGUUCGUUCGUUCCUUCCUUCGUUCUUUUACCUUCCUUCACUCCUAUAUCCCAUUCUUCCUGUUUAUUUAUUUCGUUUGCCUCCAUCAAGUUGCCUUCCAGGAAGUAAGCCAAAUAACUAG